GUCGCAUUCGGGACCUGUUGCUAGGCCGUCGGCUCGUUUUAUUUUCGAAAAUUCGACCCGGAAAUGCCGGCACGCCGCAAGCGCGCCGCCUUUGAUCGAUAAACGUCCUCGAUUAGCGCCCUAAGCGAACCUGCCCCGGCAGUCCGGGAUCCAUUGGCAUCGCGAACCAACAUGCACGGGCUACGCGGACCGGCCGCUCUCAUCCGCGCUGGCUAAACUCCCGAAAUAUUCCAAAUAACAAAUAAAUAAAGCAGCGAAAAUUCAAUCGAAAAUGCCGGCGGCGGAGGACGCGCCGGAUUUCUUCGAAUACGCGAAACUGCAGGAGAUGAGGGACCGGGCCAGAUCCAGAGCGGGCGCCUUUGAUGGACUCUCCUUGCCCAAGGACCACUACAACUUGGUCUACGUAGCUUUCAUCCUGGGCGGCAUCGGAUGCCUCAUUCCCUAUAACAGCUUCAUCAUGGCUUCGGAUUAUUUCAAGACCAAGUUUCCCGAAUCGCCGGUGGUCUUUGACAUGUCACUGGUGUACAUAAUCACUGCGCUUAUAACGGUACUGGGUAAUAAUCUGCUGGUCGAUGUCUUCUCGGUGAAUGUAAGAAUCAAAUUCGGUUACUUCAUAUCAUUUCUAACGCUGUGUUUCGUGGUUACGUUGGAAGUAUACGCAGAAUUAGCGCUGAAAGUGACCUCCUCGUAUACAACAAAUUUGGUUGCGGUAGCUAUCAUAGCAAUAGGAUGCACAAUCCAACAGUCCAGUUUCUACGGAUACACCAGCAUGCUACCCCCCAAAUACAUCCACGCCGUCAUGGUGGGCGAAAGCCUAGCCGGCGUCCUGACGUCCUUCUCCCGCAUAGCCACCCGCUUCUUCAUCAAAGACCUGCGCAUCAGCACCACCGUCUUCUUCAUGAUCUCCCAAUUCGUGCUGGUGCUCUGCUGCCUGCUCUACCCGCGCAUCCGCAUGUCCGACUUCAUCCAAUUCUACGUGGGACGGUGCAAGAAGAGCAAAACCAAAAUCACGCUGGAACCUCGCGAGGAAGCCUCUUUGGUGGAAAUCUUCGAUUCCCGGUACGGUGUAUUGAAGAUCCAGACCAGCCCGCCGGCGACCUCGAACGCCCUGAGUUUCGCCAAUCCCAUGUACGAGCCCAACGGGCCGAGCGCGAGGCAAACGUACAAAGUGGAAGACGUGCUGUACGUGGGCAGGAGGACCGCCGGAGGCAGCAGUAGAUUGAAUUUCCCCGCUCUGAAAGAAAACUUGCGAACCAGAUGGAACAUCACCAGGCGGAUUUACCCUUACAUGGUGUCCAUUUUUCUGGUGUACUUCACCACGUUGUGCUUGUACCCCGGCAUAUCGUCGGAGAUACACAGCUGCUACAUGGGCCAUUGGAUGCCUAUGUUGAUGAUGAUAGAUUUCAACAGCGCGGACACCAUAGGCAAAAUCGUGACGUUUUCGUUCAACUGGACCGGCUCCAGGCUGUUGAAAUUGUCGUUGAUCAGGAUGCUGCUGAUUCCGGCGAUGUUGCUGUCCAUCUUGCCGCCCUGGCACGUCGGCUUUCCCAGGAGCGACAUGCUCUCCUUCGCCUACUCCAUCGUUUUGGGGCUGAGCAACGGCCUGAUGGGCAGCAUCCCCAUGAUACGGGCGCCGUCGAUGUUGACCUGGGACCAGCGAGAAUUGGCCGGUAACAUGAUGACUUUGUUCUACAUGUGGGGCCUCGCUACCGGGUCGUUGGGGGCGUAUUGCAUCGAGAAAUCAAUCAGGCCCUUCAAAGCCGAGGAAUAUUGCAAUAACUACAAAUACACGAGAGUUGAUGCGAUGAAGCCGUAUCGAAAUUUUACCACCGAUGCCACUACUUUAUCGACUACUCCGUCUACAAUCAUAACGACGAUUUUAUCAUCUUUGGUGAUGACGAAUUACACGGAAUCGACGUAAAAAAAUCCAGUAAUAAAUUGUACUAUACAUAGAUGAAUUUUAUAUGUUACACCCGUUAAAAUGUAUCUACCCAAUAAAUAUAUUAAACAC